AUGAGCGAAACCAAUUUUCAGGCGUUCCGCUGUUUGACAUGCGAUUUGUGCGCUGAACCACAGGAGACGAUGAAGCACCUAUCGGCUACCCGACACAAGACAAUAGUCUCUUUGCCAUCAGAAGAAGAAGUGUGUUGUGAAGAAUGCCAAAAUAAUAACGUACAUUUACUCCAAAUUAUCAGGUUUGGCGGCGAAGAUAUAGACUUAUUGUGCACCAGUUGCUUUUCGCGAGACUAUGCUGAGUCUGAGAAGCCAAGUACGGUUUAUUCUCUUGCAAACGGAUCUUUGCUGAAAAAUUGGCAACGAUACGUGAAAGUCAGGGACUGCUGUUGUGGUGAAUGCGGUAAAGAAUCCAAAUUGAACGUGAACAAUAAGGGAAAUGUUCUGUGUGAUUCGUGUCUUUCUAAGAAAGCCAAUGUCAAAGACUACGUUUCCGAGAGUAGCGGCAAAUUCUUGUACACAUUGUUAGGCAUUCAAGACGUCUCAAACGGAAAAAGCGUAUACAAGAAGGGAGGAAGAAAAAUUGGAAGAGGUCAGAAAGGGAAGGGUCGUACCGCUGGUAAGACGAGGAAACCCCGCGAGAAAAAGCCACUUACAAGGCUGGAAGAAAUGGCUAAAGAUGCUUACGAAACGAAAAAAGUUAACAGUAUCAUUUCUAGUGACUCUAAUAUCAGUUUGAGGUCUUUUAAGGGCAUUAAGGCCUCUAAAAAUGACACGCCAAAUGGAGAACGAAACAGUAACGCUAACAGACAAAUGAAGCAAAUGAAGCCUGCAGUCAAUAAGGGGCCUAAAAGUGGAUCGAAAGGUUUGGCGAAACCUAAAAAUAGUCCAAUAAAUCCAUCUCUCAAGUCAAAAAACUCCCAGAAAGUGCAUGAAAAUCUUACAUCGAGUGCCAAAACGAAACCCUCGUCAACAAUUGAGAAAAAAGCUAUCGAGGAAAAGCAGGCGCUAGGGUCAGAGUCCAGAUUCCAAAAAAGAAAGGCACCUAUUACGGCUUCCAAAUCGACUCCUGCGUCAAAGAAUCGUGCUGGUAAGACCCCGACAAAGAUUGAGCAGACCAAGGGCGAAAGACCCAACUUAGGAAAAACUCGCACAGGGCCCGGGAAGGCCUCUGGGGGCAAAGAUUUGUCUCCUAAGGGUGCUCUCAAGUCAAACGCGAACACUAAAAAUCCUGUGAAAAGCCUUCCAAAGCCUCCUAUAAAUACUAAGGGCAACGAGCAACAAAUGGUUCCGACAGAGGAGACAGCUUCAGUUGAAGACUUCGAAGAAGGUGCGCCUAUAAAGCGAUUUACUCAGUACAUCCCUAAGAAGUCAUAUUCCACCUUAAAAGACUACUUCAAUGAAUUUUCCUUUGCUCUAUUCCUCGAAGGAAGACUUGAAAAUGACUUUCUUCAAGACUUUCAGAUUACUUGGCCCAAGAACGCUCAGGAACAAGCCUUUGUUGUUAACAUGAAAGCUGAUAGCUCAGAAGUUAAAAAGCUAUUGCCACCAAACUUGGUUAAACUUGGCCGCCUACCAUUCACUAAUCAGCAACCUUUGAUGCUCACCGACCAGGAUGAAACAAAAGUUUGGUACGCUUACGUGAGGGAGCUCGAAUCGAGAAAAAAUAACAUCACGCUUCUAUUAGAGCUUUACUCUUGGAACAAACUACCAUUGCCAAUCAAGGCAGGUAACAGUCAUUUCAAGCUACUACCUUGUUCUGCACAAGUCAACAGAAUUAUGUUUGCCAUGACUCGUGUGCAAAAUCCUAAAUUUAUCAAAUUGCUUCUAGGCCAAGAAAGCAUCAAACAGCUAAAUUUCAACAACAGGCUACAAUUCACAAAGGACACUUUCAACGAGUCUCAGAAAGCUGCCAUUCAGCAUGUACUUAACAACAGUAUUACUGUCCUACAAGGCCCUCCAGGCACUGGUAAAACAUCGACAAUCGAGGAAAUUAUUCUUCAACUAAUAGAAAAUUUCCACACCCUACCCAUAUUGUGUGUUGCAGCUUCUAACAUUGCCAUUGACAAUAUUGCCGAGAAAUUCAUGGAAAACAGGCCAGAUAUCAAAAUCCUUAGAAUCGUUUCGCAGUCUAAAGAAUCUCAGUACAACCCUAAACAUAUGCUUGGUAAGAUUUGUCUACACAAUAUCGUCUACGAGCAACUUCCAGCAGACAUGAAGGACAACAUCAGCAAACUUCGCUCAGGGGUUCCUGGCUUGGUUUCAAAGAACCAAUAUAAUAAGCUUCUUUCAACUCAGAACGCCAUCUCUGAUAGGUACAUCGCGCAGGCACAAAUCAUUUUCACGACAAAUAUUGCUUCUGGUGGGCGCCAACUUAAGGCAAUAAGAGAGCUUCCUGCUGUUAUAAUGGACGAAUCUACCCAAUCAUCUGAGGUCUCGACUUUGGUGCCAUUGUCAUUACCAGGCAUCAAGAGAUUUGUAUUUGUUGGAGACGAAAAGCAAUUAUCCAGUUUUAGUAACGUUCCUCAAUUAGAGAUGUCUCUGUUUGAAAGAAUUCUCACUAAUGGAACUUACGAAAAGCCUCACAUGCUAGACACCCAAUACAGGAUGCAUCCCGCGAUAAGCGAGUUUCCAAUCGCGAAGUUUUACGAGGGAAAGCUGAAAGAUGGCGUAACCGCGGAAGAUAAAAAAUGGCCUGGUAUAUCGUAUCCUCUAUUCUUUUACCAAUGCAAUCAGGGUUCUGAGAACAAGGUGUUCAAUUCCAAGAGAGGCAUGAGGGGUUUCACUUACAAUAACGCACACGAAGCAGAGUACAUACUGGCUGUUCUGCACAAGCUAAUUUUAGAGAAGGGCGUGAAAACAGAUGAAAUUGGUGUUAUUACGCCAUACUCUUCCCAGCGGGAUUUGAUAUCGGAAAUGCUAGUAAAAGACCCUAUUGUGAAUCCUAGCGGCAAAGCUAUGGAACAGGAGAUGGACAAGGACGACGCCUUGGGCGGUGGAGAAUCUGUUAGCGGCUCUGCUAAUAAGGUAACAAUCAACAUCGUGAACGGUGUCUACGUUGCCACAGUAGACUCGUUCCAAGGGCACGAAAAAUCGUUUGUCUUGUUCUCAUGUGUGCGUAAUAACAGCGAAAACAAAAUUGGAUUUGUUAAGGACCGCAGGCGUAUGAAUGUUGCCCUUACCAGGGCUAAAAACGGGCUUGUGGUGGUGGGCAAUAAGGACGUCAUGAAAAAGGGCGACCAGUUGUGGGCGGACUACAUUAAUUACCUGGAAGAGAAGGAGGUCAUUUUCGAAACAUUAGAUAACUAUUAG